UCAAACAAUAAUUACCCCUAAUCAAAUUAUAGGUGGUUAGAAAUGAGCUGGAGGUUUUGAGGGAGAGGAAUGUGGAAUUAGAAGGAAGAGAUGUUGAUUUGAGAUUGAGGAUUGUAGAUUUAGAGAUGAGAAUUGUUGAGCUAGAAAUGGAGUUGGAUUUGAAAGAUGAGAGGGUUGAAGGGUUGAAUGCGGAAUUGAAUGAGCGUGUAUUGGAGAUAAUGCACGCAGAUCGGCAUUAUUAUCGUUAG